AUGUCUUCGUCGGCUGGCACGAUGGAGCCUUCAGAGCCCCCUCCGCGGCUGAACGAGGAGGCUGAUGUCCCCACUUGCCUCGAGGAGUCUGUGAACAGUCGCCAUCCUCGGGGCGAGAAGGAGGAGAGCCACCACGUCGAUGCCGCGAAAGAGGAGCUGAAGGACAAGAUCAAUCCCGACACCUCAGCUUCCAAGUCCGAGCUUCGAGAGUCGGACAUGGAAGUCGAAGCUCCACGCAGGCCUCCGCAGGAGGCGCCAUCAUCGAGCACCUCAUCUUCUACCGAGAGGAAGGACCUCGACAAGAACAAGGAGACUCAGCAAUCCAAGGCCGAAGAUGCGAACACCGCACACAUGGAGCGAAAGUCGGAGUCAUCGAGCCACAGGAGGAAGGACUCAAAGGACGGAGCGCGUUCAUCGCACGAACCCCCGGCCCCGACACCACAAGAAGAGAGGGCACGAGAGGAGAAUGAGGCGAGGAAGGCCAAGAAGGAGGCAGAGAUGUUGGCGAAGUACGAGGGCUGCAGCUUCACGAGGGCUAUCAACAGUGCCGGUGUUCGUUGGCUAACGAUCUGCGCCGCUAUUGUCUUCAUGUGGACAUUGCUACCCAAGCAACCCACUGCUCUGCCACGUGAAGGGCCAUCCCAUCUGCCACAUGAAAGCCCAUCCGGACUGCCACAUGAGCCUUCGCACGAAGAAGACAGGAGUUCGCACAGAGGUGCUGUGCCCCCGAAGCCCGAAGAAAGUGAACUCAAGCUUGCCCAGAAAGAGCUCAAAGAUGAGCUUGCCCAGCUGGCCGAUCUGGAGGAGAAAGAGAGGAAGACGGAACGUGUGGAGAACCUGGCACGCCUGUCGCAAAAGGUUAGCGAGGAUGAAGCCCGAUCCCAGAACAACAAGGCGAAGCUGGCCAUGGAGGAACUUCAGGAGGAUCAAGCCAUCAAGCACCUGCAGGCCAAGGUGAAGAUGCAAGAGGUGUUGCGCGAUCCAUGGCUGGCAGUGCGUGGCUCAGCAGCGCCAUCUCAAGCGGAUGCCUCUGGCGGCACGGCGCUGCAGUAUGCAGCGACUCAUGGUGAGGAGGAGUUGUACAAUCUCCUGCUGAAAGCUGCGGCGGAUCCGAACCAAAAGGACAGCUAUGGCAGAUGCGCCUCAGAGCUUCUGAAGACGCCAGGCCAGCGUGCAAAGGCGUUUUUGGAUGCCGGUGGCGAUGCUAUGGACCAAGAUAAGAUGUGGCAACUGAUGCUAUACACCUGGCUUGGCGCUGGAGCCUUGACUGUUGCAUUCAACUUCAACUCAGCAGACUUUGUGUCAAAGAUGUAUGACAUUGAUGGCUUCGGACACCUAGCCGUCAAAGAGGUCUUGAGCUACCUGGGUGUCUCCGCACAUGAGCGAUUUCGCGCGAUGGCCUUUGGACUUAUACCCUUCGGUCCGGGCGCGAAGAAUGGUGCAUCCGUGUUCUUUGGAUGCACACGAAGCCUCCUGCAGAUGGCGACAAACUUGCAGCCACGCAUCCAAGACCAUGUGACAAGAUGCUUUCCAAAUGUUGAGCCUGGAGUUACUGUGGUCGAUAUAGAGAUAUUUCUUUGCUACGGUUACUCAUAUUGCAAGAUGGUUCAACAGCUGCGGUCAGGCUCCGGGACUUACAAGGUGCCCGCUGGGUGGAGCCCUAGGGACAACAAGGCCAUCAUUCCAGUCUUUGAUGGCCCCCUCACAGCGCGUGAGGCAGUUCCACGUGGACAUCUGAAGACACCGUGGCAUCUGGCGACUUUCUGGGGCUGUCAAUCCCUUGCAAAGCACUUCGGGCAGAUUUCGGCUAAGCACGCAAGGAAGCGUCCUGCGAAAGCUCUGACAGUUCAUAAAUUGCGGGCCUUCGCUGUGCACAGCGCUGCUGCACCAGAUGGUGAUUUGGUCGAGCUGAUGUUGCCGGUGCCUUAUGUUUGGCUUCUUCGUCUGCCUCGUGCCAUGGCUCAGAUGGCCACCACGCUCGAUAUCGAGGGCUCCGAGCGCAAGGUCACCUUGCUGGCUGGGGCGGCACGUGUGUAUGAGAUGGACCGGAGCUCCGAAGCCAUGGAUGUCACAACGUUCGUGCCGAACUGCGGCUUCUACAAGGAUCUCCCCUGCGACUGCGACCACGUGCUGCUGAGUCCUUCUGCCGGCGGCUUCUGGCCCGGUUUCGAUCACCUGUGGCACCUGCCCUCGAUCCAAAGGCUUCUGACGGUGCAGAUGGUCUACCACCGCUUCGAAGACAUCGUGAAGCCGGUGGGCAAGAGACACUGGCAUGCCUCUGCUCUGGGCAAUUUCAAGAAUUCCUUGGACGUGUCGUAUCUCCUGGCCGGCAUUUUCUCCAUCCAUCACUUCGAGGCUUGUUACGAAAACCCUGGCUGCCUACUCACGCAGGGCCUCGCCGUGAUGCUGGAGUGGCUCCUCACAUUGAUCCUCACUGCUUGCUUCCGGAACAUGCAGGUCGAGGGGCUACAUACCUACUUGCACAGCCUGGAAGACACAACGAAAGUCGUCCCUUGGCAGGGGGCUCCCUUCCCUCUGCUGCUCAAAAACGCUUAUUGGGCGGAGACUUUCGUGUACGUGACACGGCAGCUGGAAAGCUUGACGGUCAAGAAGGAAGACUUCUCAGCGAGGCAUCUCGUUGGGGGCACGGCGCCCGACGGUGAGGAGGGCUUCAGGCGGUCCUUGGCGAACAUGGGCGUGGACCUGGAGAAGGACUGCCAGGGGAUCGUGCAGUGGCGGGAGAGAGCAAAGGAAGCGGCGAGCUUCCAGGAUCUCGCUACGGCCUUGAAGAUGAUACAAGAGGAGGUCAUGACGAAGCCCUGCUACCACCGCUUCGUCGAAGCCAUGGCCGUCUUCGGGGCAUCUGUGCGCCAGUUCCUCCCGAGGCUACCUUCCGAAGCGCGGCCAAGUAGCGUUGGCCGGGCCGAGCCGGCUGACAUUCCGAGCCUCUGGCGCUUGUGCCAGCAGCCGCGGCUAACCCAUCGCCGAGUGGGCCACGUCGAACUUCACUUCAUGGCAGCCGAUGUGGUGAUGCAUGAAGGUGAGCUGGAGUUGGAUUUGCUCUGGACUGCCACUUCCGACGACAGCUGCAUCAUGGUUUCCGGCUCCUUCCACAACAGCAACGAGUCCUACUACUCCUUCAUGCACACGCUUCCACAUGCGCAUCUGGUCCACUGGGUGUGCGUCUUUGCGCCCAUGGGGGAGAAGGAGGUGUAUCACGAAUGGACGCCGACUGCAGCAACCUCCUCCUUCUCGGGCUUCACCUCCGUCUCCACGUGUCGGAUCCCUCCCAGCCUCGCCUCGGGAGCUUUUCGCACGUCGAAGAUUGGUCAAGCUGAAAGCAUCGGGCUGCAGCUUGACGGCGGGGAGUGGAAGCCAGAACCACUCCGCUUGUGCCCAUUGCCACGGAGGCCGCAGCGGCGGCGUUUGUCUGCGUGCACCUCAACGAUGCACGAUGCAGACUACAUCCACUCCAUCCUGCCCCAUGCAGACCUUCGAGCGCCAGGUUGCGACGCGGCUUUCAUGGAAAGGCUCCGUGGCCUGGCCCGCGAGGAUGAGCAGCGACUGGUCUGGGCUGCGGUGCUUGAGUUCGAUGCCGUGCCUACACAGGAGUUGCCUCCCUGGUUCUUCGAGCGGCACAACUUGACGCGUCGGCACCUAGGAGUGGACCUCUUUGGCUUGGACGGGCGGCUUGCGAUUCUUUGUCGGGCUGGGAAUGCCACCCACCAGGAUGUGAAGCGAUUCCUGCGAACAGCCCACUGUGUGUUGGAGGCUCCCCAAUGCACACUCUGGACCCUCUGCGACUGCAAUGUCUCUGCUGACUCCCACAAGUGGCUCGACCGGUACGGCGGCCGGCAGAAGAUCCUCACGGAGAAGAGCUGGCUGCGGCAGGGUGCUUCUUCAGGUGAGGAGGCCUGUUUGGAGGCAUGCGCCAAGGGAGCCCGGGUCAUCGAGAUGGCCUGCGGCACCGGGAAGACGCGCGUGAUCCGAGAGCUGGCAGCCAAGCAAGAUAUCUUCCAGCUGUCCCCUGAGGUUUUGGUCAUGGUUCCUUCACGUAUGCUCCUGGAGCAGUUCGCCGAGGAGAUGCCGAACUUCUGCAAAGUGGGCGCAGGCUACAACAAGAAGAUUGACUUCGAAUCAAGAGGUUUUAUUUCAGUGACUGACUCGGUGCAGCCUUUGAAAAACCUGAAGUUCGAGGCCGCAUUUGUCGAUGAAGGACAUCACCCUUUGCCACCAGAAAUGCCGAGCUGCAAAGAUCUUUUCAAGUUCUCGGCCACCCAGAAGGAGGAGGUAGAUUUUCGGUACAGUUUGGGCGAAGCGAUCGAGCAGGGCGUGCUUUCUGACUACGACCUCACCGUACCCGUGACGACCGAAGGCCACCUCUAUAUCUGCCUUGCGAACCUGCUUCUGACACAGGCUGGGCGCUUCCGGCGGGUUCUUGCAUAUUGCAACUCCGUGAAAGAAGCCAAGCGAUUCCAACAGGUGUUGGACACCGUCGGUUUGGCGGCAUGGCAUAUCAAUAGCAACACAAAUCGCAAGCAGCGAGAGAGUGUGAUGGAGGAAUUUUCGGGGGAGCUGCAGAAGCCCGUGCAUGUGCUGGUUACGGUGCAGGUCUUGGGCGAGGGCAUCAACAUUCCCAAUGCCGACACCUGCAUGUUCGUGGAGCCACGUGAUAGCUAUGUGAGCAUCAUUCAAGCAAUCGGUCGGGUGCUGCGACCUCAUCCGUCGAAGCCUAUGGCUCACAUCGUGUUGCCUGCGAUUGCAAUGCCUGCGACGUCGAGGAGUGCUGCAAUGGCUCCGCCUGGUUUGAGCGAUUUAGCAGCAGGUGCCCAGUCUAUAGCCAGAACGACGGGCUCGGUGGAGCAAGUCCAGUCCUCGCAAUCAGAGCUGGAUCAGGGCAGUGUGCAUGCACGGGUUCACACCUCUUUGGCUGCCAAAGCUAGGAGCGGCAGCAAAAACUUCUGUGGCCCUGAGCUGACCGCCCAAACAGAGGAAACUUCAAGGCAAGCUGGCAGUGAUAGGGUGCCCAAGGUGCAACAAAACGAGCCUGCGCAGAACGAUCAUUUGCCGAGUGGCGGCAGGCUCCAGGCAGCCGCGCUCUACACGGAGGCAGCUCAACGGGCUGUAGGCGGCAACGCUAGAGCACCGAGGCCGUGUGAUUCCAGGUCCCGGAGUAGAACUUCAAUGACUUGCGACCGCCACCGUGCUGAGUUUGGACCCCGCUCCCUGCCAGCACCUGCAAUUCCAAUGAUGCACGAGGUUGCCCCUGUUGUGCCUAUGCGCGGCACUUCGGAGGACGCGCCCUUUGCGAUGCCAGCGUCUGUUGCAAACACGGCCGCAGGCAGCAGAAGUUCCCGGUUGGGGACGAGUGCAAACGACCACCACGACGCAGAGCGUGCCCGACGCCAAUCCUCGUUACCGCAGCAAAGAUUGGACAGCUUGCCAGGGGCAUCUACAGGACUGACACCUGCCAGCACGACCGCCGUACAAGCAGCGGCGCUUGCGGCCUGCAAGCGGGUGGGUGCCUGCGGUACCGGCAAUAUGAAGAAGCAGUCGACGGCUUCACGGGAUGCAGCACAGGGCAUGUUUGGAGCCCAAAGACCACGUGCCCCUGCGCAGGACAACCGGAUAGACAGCAGUGCAGGGCCUCCGUCUGCAGUGCUCCGUGAUUGUCGCAAAGAUCCUACUGGGCUGAAGGCAGCAGGUAGUCAAGGUGACGAUGACGAUGGUGCAGAGUCAGGGUUGAGUGGUCCCACGUCCCAGAGCCCAGCUUCGAUGACAGACGGCCGGCGGGGAAUUGAGCUCCAUGACGGGCGCACAAACGGUGAAAUGACUGCGUUUCAAACUCAUCCCGCAAGUCCUUCAAGGCAGCUGCGUGCGGCAACUAGUGCCUUGGAGGCUGCGCCUGGCGCCAAGCCAGCCCAAGUGGUGCCUCGACAUCACCGCAUCCGUCCGGGACCUUCCAUGGAAUCCAAAGAGAACCUGAGAAGUUUGACGCACGGCCGGGCCUCCAAACUGAAGGUAAAAACGGCUGGUAACACUCGCCUGUUUGGGGGUGGCCAUGCUGACCAGCUGGACAGGUUUUUGCAGGCGAUAUCUCAGGCGGAUAGCCGGCUGGUUGAGAAGGACAUCAGACAAUUGCAGUGUCGUCUUUGGGUGAUGGACAGCAGGCUGCAGCCAAACAUGCCGCAGCUACUUGCUCGUGAUGUAGUCUACCAGCUGGCUUUGGUCCUGCAGCGGCGGGAUGCAUGGGAUCUGCGCCUGCAUGCGGUCGAGAAGUUCGAGCAAGAGCAUGGAAGGCUGCCGAGGCAACUAAGCAACCAGCUUGAGGAGUCAACCUUGGGAACGUGGGUGCACAACAUUGGCUACAGGUUGAAGCGUCAGAUGCUCUCAGCGGAAAGGGUGCAGAAGCUGUUAAAUUCGUCAUGCAGCAGGUUGCGGGGCCGAGCUGUAAAGUGGCUGGAAUCAGAUGCAGAUGCGUCUUUUCACCGACGGUUGGAGGAGUUGCGGCUGUUCGUUGAUGCACAUCGCCGCAUGCCCCGCAGAGGCAAAGAGGGAGGGAUUCUCAACAGCUUGAUGCGAGGAUUGAGACCUGCCAACCUGAAGCGAGAGAAGCGGCUCCGGCUUUUGGAGAACAUCGACCCCAUCGUUGCGGACUGGGUGAAGUCCAGACACAGACAGAAGAUCCAAGUUGAUGCUGCCAAAUUUGGGAGACAGCUUGACCGCCUGGUUGACUUCGUGCGGAUCAACGAGAGGCAACUGCAUCACCUCCCGGCCGAGCUCCAGGCAAAGCUCUUCGAUGCCCAUCCAGCGAUUGCAGCUUUCUUGAGGAGCUAA